AUGAGCGCGCCAAGAAAAAAGCUAUCGGGAGCGGAAUAUAGGAAAAGGGCUAAAUAUAAGGAGUUGCAGGGAAAACAAUGUGCAGAUAAUAUGAAAAAUUGGCUUCUCAGAGGGGGUGACCCGUCAGUAUCUGCUGCAACGUCCGAAGUUGAUAUUCAGUUAGAGGAUGUUUCUCGCACUUUGCCCGAUCAAACGGAUCAAGAUUUUUCACAGUCCGAUUUCACAGUGCAAACUUCACCAUCUUUAUCGAUGUGCGGAGAACAACUUGAAAAAACAAAGCCAGAAUACGAAGGAUCUAAAUCCCCGCACUCGGAUUCGGAUGAACUGCAAAAAACUGGAUUUGAUUUGACUGACCCAGGCAAUUGGCCAGGGGUGGAAAAAAUGACCGACCAACAACGGUCUUUCUUUAGCAAUCAGGCUGUAUUAUUAGCAGAAAAUCACCCCGAAAACAUUGAAUUUAGAUCUACUGAACGCAAUGGCAGACAUUUAACAGCUUCUAUGUGGUACAGGACGUUGGCUAAUUGCGAAAGAGUUAAAAGAUCUUGGCUUAUAUAUUCUAAGACAAAAAAUGCAAUAUUUUGUGCGUGCUGCAAGAUUUACCAGAAACCGUCUUUUACCGCCACAUCUGCAUUGUGUUCUACAGGAUUUAUUAAUUGGAAAAAAGUUUCAGAGAGAUUAACCGAACACGAAGCAAGUCAAAUGCAUAAAGAGUGUAUGAUCAAGUGGAAAACACGGGUACAACAAAUGAAAUCAUGCCAGGGUAUUGAUCAAGACAUUGAGAGACCGGAAAAGCUGGAAGCUAACAAAAAUGAUAAUAUAAAACAAAUGACUGUCACAUUGGCAAAUUCGCCUACGUCGUCUAUACCUAAUCAGCAGCGCCUGGAUUCCGAACAGGAGAUAUAUACGAAUAAGAUGUCUAAACAAAGGAGAAUAUCUGCCGCAAAGAAAACUUGA